UCUCCAUCACAGGUUGCCAUCUCUAGAUUUUGAUUGGGGACCUAUAUUGUUGGCAUAGAGUGUAAUGUCCAGAGAAGAAAUAAGCUUAUGACUACAGAUCUGAUCCAUGGAUGCUUCAACGAGUCCAAAUGUUAAGAUAUUCGCAGAAGAUGAGAUCAAAAAUAUUACUAGCAACUACAGCACUCUUAUUGGAAGAGGCGGUUUUGGAGAAGUCUACAGAGGGGUUCUUGAUGCUGACUAUGAUCUGGUUGCAGUGAAGAGGUAUAUCCGUCAGGACUUGCGAGAAGAGUUUAUGGAAGAAGUAAGCAUCCACAGUAUGAUGAGCCACAAGAACGUGGUGAAGCUCAUAGGCUACUGUAUCGGCGAAAGUACUCUGAUGUUGGUCACAGAGUACAUCUCCAAUGGAAACCUCGAUGACCUACUCCACAAGAGUGACGUUUCCAUCCCUUUGGAUAUAAGACUGGGUAUUGCUAUAGGGUGUGCUGAAGCAUGGAGCUACAUGCAUUCCAUGCGUUUAUUGAGUGACAACCUCAUUUAUCAUGGUGAUAUUAAGCCUGCCAACAUACUUUUGGAUGGCAAUCUUACUACGAAAGUAUCGGAUUUUGGAUUGUCGAGGCUUCUUUUCGGUGGUGACACUCAGUUCACUACGUGUUUAAAAGGAAGUAUGGGUUACAUGGAUCCAAUAUAUUUUCAUGAGGGGCGUCUCACCCCGAAAAGCGAUGUGUAUAGUUUUGGAGUGGUUCUGUUUGAAAUAAUAACUCGAAAAAGGGUAAAACAUGGUGACAAUAAUCUCAUUCGAGCAUUCAAUAAAGCCUGCGCCAAGGGGAAAGGAUUGAGGGAAUUGUUUGAUGCAGCAAUUGCAGAUGAGACCAAUAUAAAGACUCUUAAAGAGAUGAGGAAAUUAGCAGCUGAAUGCGUGACACUGGACAUUCGUGCACGGCCACAAAUGAGUGAUGUGGCGAAACGCCUUCGGGUUCUUAAGAAAGAUCUGAAGAGCAGUCCACAAUCCAUCUUGGCAACACACUCUUCAUGGCAAAAUACUUACAAACAAGGCUCAAUCCUUCCUAGUUUUAAAAGGGGGUUUAGCCUUUUCAAGGGAAAUACUAGUAAUUCUAAGAUUCUAACCGAACUUGGCAAUAGUGUAAGAAUUUUCACAAUGGAGGAGGUAAGGGAAGUAACACAGAAUUAUUCAUAUCCACUCGGCACAGCAGGUACGUCAGCUGAGGUUUAUAAAGGAACACUUGAGGACAAUACACUGGUGGUGGUGAACAAAUUUGUUCAUGAGGAUUCAAAAGAUGUGUUUAUCAACGGAGGGAUAAUCCUAUCUCAAAUUGUCCACAAGAACAUUAUCAAACUUUUGGGUUGUUGCCUGGAAGACAAUAUUCUUAUUUUUAUAUAUGAGUACAUUCCUAAAGGUAGUCUCUUUGACAUCUUGGCUAGCCAGGAAGAUUUUCCGCUAGACUUGCGUAUGAGGAUUGGGAUUAAGACUGCUGAAGCAUUAGAAUACCUCCAUUCAUCAGCAACUGGUAUCAUCGGACAUGGUAGUGUUGCAACAUCAACUAUACUUCUAGAUGAUAACUUCAUACCAAAGCUCACAAAUUUUUCAAGGGCAUGUAAGCUUAUCAAGAAGAGUGAAGCUACUGCUGGUGAUAGUGUAAUCAGUAGCAGCCUUCUAGAAAAAGUUCUGGACAACGACCCAUCUUCUUAUGGUUCUGUGCUGAUGAAUCUGGAAAGUGAUGUGUACAAAUUUGGCGGUGUUCUCAUGGCACUCAUUAGUAGGGAUAAGAAUACUGAUCAUGAUGAACUUAUCGACAAAUUCAGCAAAGCUUAUGAGACAGAGAAAAGUUGGAAGGCAAUGUUUGAUCAUGAUAUAACAGCCGAAGAAGAUGUCACUCUGCUUGAAGAAAUAGGGAGGUUGGCACUGAAGUGUACCAUUUUGAAAGGAGACGAGAUGGUUAGGAGACCAACUAUGAAGGAGGUGGUAGCACACAUUCGUAUGCUUAGGAGAUCAUGGAAGGAGCGCACCACUGGGGCAGAUACACAAGUAAAUGAAACUGAAUCUAGAUCUUUGAUGUCAGUGGAGCCAAGGCUACCAAACCUAAUGCGCCACUUGUUUGGAUAUCGGCGAAUCUCCCCUAGUGAUCCUAUAGUUACAUGUUUUUAAUAACUGUGAUCAAUGUGAUGAUCACUGGGAUAUAUCUGAUGUUAGGUUGUACAGCUAGUGCUGGUAGACCAUCAUUCAUUGUCACAUCAUACAAAGUUUAUCUGAUCUUUGCUGCACUUUCAGAUGUUGAAGCUGUCCGUACGUAUGUAUAUGAUAGAUGUUUCCUGUAACAGGUAUGACUUGGACAAUUAUGAUUUCGAUCAGUAAGCCAUGUGACAAUCUCUUCAAUGCUCUCAAAAGAAUUGCUUAACCUGAUAAGUGAUCUGAAUGAUGGCAAAGCCAUGUUCUUUUC